GCCACAUUAUUUUUCAAAAAUUAUAUCCAUAAGUUAUGGACCAUAGCUUACUUUCAGUCCUUUUCUUCUUAUAAAAUUCGUAUUCUUUUGUUCUUAUUAGACUUUGGCCCUUUUGUUGCGUUGUCAUUGUUGUAGUAAAAGAAGAAUCUUUGUUUGUUUAUAAGAAAGUAAUAAUAUUGCCAUCAAAAGAUGAGAUUACACUAUCAUGGAAAAAAGUUGAACGUAGUCAUUAUCAUAUGUGGAGGUGCGAAUAGUAAGAUAUGUCCAAUGAUGAUCUACGCAAGCAUUACAUAAGCCACAAUUUUGAGUUGUAGGUAGAGAUCAAUGGAGAGUAAUGAAGUAUCAAGAGUUGAUAGUUUAAGAAGAGCAAAUAGUUCAAACAUAUGGAGGAACAAUAGCAUGGAUGUUUUUUCAACAUCUGAACGUGAAAAUGAUGAAGAAGCACUUAAAUGGGCUGCUAUUGAGAGACUUCCUACAUAUUUAAGAAUUAGAAGAAGCAUAAUCAAUAAUGAAGAAGGAAAAGGAAGAGAAGUUGAUAUCAAAAAGCUUGGAUUGACAGAGAGAAAGAUUCUUUUGGAAAGGCUUGUUAAAAUUGCUGAAGAAGAUAAUGAGAAGUUCUUGUUGAAACUCAAGGAAAGAAUGGAUAGAGUUGGACUUGAUAUUCCAACAGUUGAAGUCAGAUUUGAGCAUAUAAAUGUGGAAGCACAAGUUUAUGUUGGAGGCAGAGCUUUACCUUCAUUGCUCAAUUUCUUUGUUAAUGUGUUAGAGGGAUUCUUGAAUUUUCUUCAUAUUCUUCCAAGUCCAAAGAAACCAUUACAUAUCCUUCAGAAUGUUAGUGGUAUCAUAAAGCCUCAAAGAAUGACGUUACUUUUGGGACCACCUGGCUCUGGAAAGACCACUUUGCUUUUGGCAUUGGCUGGAAAACUUGAAAAAGAUUUGAAACAUUUUGGGAGAGUAACAUACAAUGGAGAAGUACUAGAAGAGUUUGUUCCACAAAGGACAUCAGCUUAUAUAAGUCAACAUGAUAAUCACAUUGGAGAAAUGACUGUUAGAGAAACACUAGCUUUCUCGGCAAGAUGUCAAGGAGUUGGACAUAAUUAUGAGAUGUUGGCUGAAUUACUAAGAAGAGAGAAGGAAGCAAAGAUUAAACCAGAUCCUGAUAUUGAUGCCUAUAUGAAGGCAGCAGCACUAGAAGGACAGCAGGCGAGCGUCGUAACCGAUUAUAUUCUGAAGAUUUUGGGACUUGAAAUCUGUGCUGAUAUUAUGGUAGGAGAUGGAAUGAUACGAGGUAUCUCAGGAGGGCAGAAAAAGAGAGUCACAACAGGUGAGAUGCUAGUUGGACCAAUAAGAGUGUUGUUCAUGGAUGAGAUAUCAACUGGUUUGGAUAGUUCAACAACUUUUCAAAUAAUCAGCUCAAUCAGACAAUCAAUCCAUAUUCUGAAUGGAACCGCACUUGUUUCAUUGCUACAACCAGCACCAGAAACUUAUGAACUAUUUGAUGAUAUAAUACUUCUCACAGAUGGACAAAUUGUGUAUCAAGGACCAAGAGAAAAUGUACUUGAGUUUUUUGAAUCAAUGGGAUUCAAGUGUCCUGAAAGAAAAGGAGUUGCUGAUUUCUUACAAGAAGUGACAUCAAGGAAAGAUCAAUGGCAAUAUUGGGCAAAUAAAGAUGUACCUUACAGUUUUGUUACAGUCAAGGAUUUUGCUGAAGCCUUUCAGAUAUUUCACAUAGGUCAAAAACUUGGAGAUGAACUAGCCAAUCCUUUUGACAAGUCUAAAUGCCAUGCAAAUAUCUUGACAAAAAAGAAAUAUGGUGUUAACAUGAAGGAGCUUCUGAAGGCUUGUGCUAGCAGAGAGUUUUUGCUUAUGAAGAGAAAUUCAUUUGUCUACAUAUUCAAAAUCACUCAACUUAUUUAUCUAGCUAUCAUGACAACAACAUUGUUUCUAAGAACCAAGAUGCAUAAGAAAACUGUGGAGGAUGGAGGAACAUACAUGGGAGCACUAUUCUUCACAGUCACAGUAGCAAUGUUCAAUGGAAUAUCAGAGCUAAAUAUGACAAUCAUGAAACUUCCUGUGUUUUACAAACAAAGAGAUCUUCUUUUUUAUCCUUCAUGGGCUUAUUCACUUCCACCAUGGAUCCUCAAAAUACCAAUAACACUCAUUGAAGUUGCCAUUUGGGAAGCCAUCACUUACUAUGCUAUUGGUUAUGAUCCAAAUUUUGUAAGGUUUUUAAAACAGUAUUUGAUAAUCCUAUGCAUUAAUCAAAUGGCAUCUUCACUAUUUCGGAUGAUGGCAGCAUUAGGAAGGGAUGUUAUUGUAGCAAACACUGUUGGAGCAUUUGCUUUAUUAGUAGUUCUGGUUUUGGGAGGAUUUGUGAUUUCAAGAGAGGAUGUACACAAAUGGUUUCUAUGGGGUUAUUGGUCCUCACCACUGAUGUAUGGACAGAAUGCUAUAGCUGUGAAUGAAUUUCUUGGACAUAGUUGGAGAAAGGUUACUCGUAAUUCCAAUGAAACAUUAGGAGUUUUGAUACUAAAAACUCGCGGUUUUUUCCCACAAGCUUAUUGGUAUUGGAUUGGUGUAGGAGCAUUGACUGGUUAUGUUCUUCUGUAUAACUUUUUGUUCACAUUAGCUUUACAAUAUCUCAGCCCAUUCAGAAAGGAUCAAGCAGGGUUAUCUGAGGAUAAAUUGCUAGAGAGAGAUGGUUCAACAGAUGAAGAGUUUAUUCAGUUACCUUCUCAAAAGAGCAUUUCUGAAACAAGGAUGGUAGAUGAAGCAAGUAGAAGUGGAAGCAGGGGCAUGGUUCUUCCUUUUCAACCUGUUUCCCUCACUUUUGAUGAGAUCAGAUAUGCUGUAGACAUGCCACAGGAAAUGAAAAGUCAAGGAGUUUUCGAAGAUCGUCUCGAACUUUUGAAAGGUAUCAGUGGUGCAUUUAGGCCGGGAGUACUAACAGCUUUGAUGGGUGUAAGUGGUGCUGGAAAGACUACUCUAAUGGAUGUUUUAGCUGGAAGGAAAACUGGUGGAUAUAUUGAAGGAAACAUAACAAUAUCUGGUUAUCCAAAGAAUCAAAAAACAUUUGCUCGCAUAUCAGGAUAUUGCGAACAAUUCGAUAUCCAUUCACCUAAUGUUACAGUUUAUGAAUCUUUGCUAUAUUCUGCAUGGCUUCGGCUACCCCCGGAAGUUGAUCAAGCUACCAGAAAGAUGUUUAUUGAGGAAGUCAUGGAGCUUGUAGAGCUUAACUCAUUAAGAGAAGCACUUGUUGGAUUGCCAGGCGAGAAUGGACUUUCAACCGAACAACGCAAGAGACUUACAAUUGCAGUUGAACUCGUAGCCAAUCCGUCGAUAAUAUUCAUGGACGAACCAACCUCCGGCCUUGAUGCUAGAGCUGCUGCAAUUGUAAUGAGAACAGUAAGGAACACCGUGGACACAGGACGUACCGUCGUGUGCACGAUCCAUCAGCCAAGUAUUGAUAUAUUCGACGCCUUUGAUGAGCUUCUACUUCUGAAAUUGGGAGGUGAACAAAUAUAUGCUGGUCCAUUAGGCCGCCACUGUUCUCAUUUGAUUCAAUACUUUGAGGCUAUUGAAGGAGUUCCUAAGAUUAAAGAUGGUUAUAAUCCUGCAACUUGGAUGUUGGAAGUUACAUCAGCAGGAUCAGAAGCAAAUCUUAAGGUCAACUUCACUAAUGUGUACAGAAAUUCAGAACUAUAUAGGAGAAACAAACAAUUGAUCCAAGAGCUAAGUAUACAUCCUCAACAUUCAAAGGAUUUAUACUUUGAUACUCAAUAUUCACAAACCAUGGUGACACAAUGUAAAGCUUGUCUAUGGAAACAACAUUUAUCAUAUUGGAGGAACACAUCAUACACAGCAGUUAGGCUCCUAUUUACCACACUAAUAGCUUUCUUGUUUGGUGUCAUAUUUUGGAACAUUGGCUUGAAAAGGAGAAAGGAGCAAGAUCUUUUUAAUGCAAUGGGUUCAAUGUAUGCUUCUGUCAUCUUUAUUGGAGUACAAAAUGGUGCCUCAGUGCAACCUAUAAUAGCAGUUGAGAGAACAGUAUUUUAUAGAGAAAGAGCUGCUGGAAUGUAUUCUGCUUUGCCUUAUGCACUUGCACAAGUUAUUAUAGAGCUUCCUCACAUAUUGGCUCAAACAUUGAUAUAUGGUAUUAUAGUAUAUGCCAUGAUGGGAUUGGAUUGGACAACAUCAAAAUUCUUAUGGUAUCUUUUCUUCAUGUACUUCACAUUCUUGUACUACACUUUCUAUGGUAUGAUGACCAUGGCCAUCAGUCCCAACCCACAUGUGGCUGCCAUAUUGUCCAGUGCUUUCUAUGCAAUAUGGAGCCUUUUCUCAGGCUUUGUUAUUCCCUUAUCUAGAAUACCAAUAUGGUGGAAGUGGUACUAUUGGGUUUGUCCUGUUGCAUGGACAUUGUAUGGAUUGGUGGCUUCACAAUAUGGUGACAACAUGGACACACUUGAGAAUGGUCAAAGGGUUGAAGAAUUUGUGAAGAGUUACUUUGGUUUUGAACAUGACUUCCUAGGAGUGGUUGCAAUUGUUGUGGCUGGUUUCUCAGUGUUGUUUGCACUUGUCUUUACCUUUAGCAUCAAAGUAUUCAACUUCCAAAAAAGAUGAAAAUCACUUCAAAUAUGAUUCUUUGGCAAAUAAAUAGCAUGAGGAAGUACAUUCAUCUAAA